GCUAGGAUUGAGAAAUGCGAAAGCAAGCUACGAUGCGUUGAUGCGGUGAUGUAGGUUGUGAAAGUCGUCUUCGUUGUCUUCUUUGCAUUUCGAAUGUCGUGCAUGUUUUCAUGCUCGCUAUUGGUGUAAGCUACGUGUCAUAGUAUGGGUGAGCAGCGCUCAUCCACUUAGAAAAUUCAAAGUAGCUUAAAGGUUUCAAAGACAAGGUUUCGCAACGCUGGGCAGGAUGCCAUCUGCUAGUAGGGGCCUCGAUACAUAUGACCCUCAGACCAAAGUGAGACUCCUGAGUGAUGUAGGUAGCGCGGUUGAUAUUGAUGAAAGCAUACCUUUGAAGCGGUACUUCAGGUCUGGCAAAGAGAUGGUGCGAAUGGCUGAAGUUUACCAUAAAGAAGGGGACCUCGAGAGCACCUAUAUUCUUUACACCAAAUAUAUCACACUGUUUGUAGAAAAGAUAUUUAAGCAUCCUGCUAUGAAGGCAUCCCCUGGACCUGAAUGGGACCAAACAAAGAAGAAAUUAAAAGAAGUUUUUCCUAUUGCGGAAAAAUUGAAAGCUGAACUCCUAGAAAAGUACACCCAAGAGUACAAAAUUCUACAAAAAAACAAGGAAAGGCAAGCUGCAGAAGAGGCGCUCCAGGAAGAACGUAGAAAGAAAGACCAGUUGGAGCGGCUUAUGUAUGAGCAGCAGAAGCUGUUUGCACUGCAGCAGCGACAGCAGCAGGCAAAAAUGGUGCAGCCUGAGAGGCCAGGGACUCCAACGCCUCCUUCUGGUGGUAUAUCGCCUUCUGAUGUUUACCCAAUGCUGCUGGAGCUGGAGAAUGGUGUCCGCAGCACUCCUCGGCCUAAGACGCCACCUUUCCCAACACUGAGCGACUUUGAAGUGCCAGACAUUCCUCCUAGGGCUUCGAAGCCCUCUGCUCCUCCUUUGGCACCUGUGGAUGUCGUAAGAAGGGCAAUACCAGCUGUGGAUCGGAGCACAAAGCCUUUGCCAUUGCUCAGCCCAGAGCCCUACUAUCUUGGCAUUCAGGGGCUACGAACUGUUGUGGUGCCAGGAGGCCUUUUUUCCAAGUUUCUUCACUUGUCUCGACAAAACACUGAGAAGAAUAUUGAGACAUGUGCUAUUCUGGCAGGAAAGCUUUCAAGGAAUCAGCUGAAUAUCAGCCAUCUCUUGGUACCGAAGCAGUCUGGAAAUGCAGAUUCUUGCUUCACGGAAAGUGAAGAAGAAGUGCUUGAAUACCAAGACCAGCUGGGCCUUGAUACGGUCGGAUGGGUGCACACCCACCCGACACAGACUGCUUUCAUGUCCAGUGUAGAUCUGCACACCCACUGCAGUUACCAGCUCAUGUUGCCUGAAGCUGUAGCAAUAGUGUGUUCUCCAAAGUACGACGAGAACAAGAUCUUCAACUUGACUGCUGAUCAUGGUUUGCCAUUUAUCUCUGGAUGCCGUGCUACCGGUUUCCAUCCUCAUCCCAAUGAUCCACCCCUAUAUGAGGAAUGUAGACAUGUCAAGGUGGACGAGAAGGCACCAGUUACAGUGGUAGAUCUUCGAGCAUAAAAAAGAACAUUUGGGUGAACUUGAAAGCAUGUAUUUGAUGUAAAAGAACAAGAACACACAAAACUGUACAUUUUUGUAUAUUUUGUGUCCCGGAAAAGCGGGAUUGGUUAGGACACUCGGUGUUUGCUCUCAGUGCUAGUCAUAACUGCAUACUUGUUGUGCCUGGACUGCAUUGUUACUGACUUCAGCAUCAGUUGCAUAUGAGAAGCUUUGUACAGAAGCUAUAGCCUAGGAAUUAACAGAAGUCUUAGGAGCUGCCAGUGAUAUUAACUCCUCUAAAGUGGUGCCGUAUUCCGUACUGAUCAUUUUCAGCGAUGUUACUUCCAGCAUGCGCCAGUUAGUGGUAAGAGCAGCUGUGACAAUUGAAGAUUGCAAGCAUGUACACCUCCCAUCAGCAUUGUUUUUGCUGUCAUAUGCUUCAGUGCAUCAAAAAGGGGUUAAUUAAUUGAGCACACUAGCACAAGCUUAUUUCUAAAUUGGCCAACAGUCACCUUAUUUGUGAACCAUAUAUACCUGAUUUUCCAAUAUACAAGUUGUACCCAGACUGGUAGCCAGGCUUUUGAUGAAAAAGUUCGUUUGUAGGUUGCUUUUUUGUAUAUGACAUACAUCUCUACUUGGCUGGGACAAUGAGAUGUUACUGCCUAUGCUUGUACAAUGAACCUGAUAAUUCAAAAUCGCUUCAUUCAAAUUGAUGCUUAAAUUGAACAGAAUAUCAGGUCUAGUCGGAGCUGUAUCUAACCCAAUGGAGAAACACCCUUGGUUAUUCAAAUCCACGUGUUUGCGAGAACAUACUUGGCUAUUUGCACCCAACGCUUUUUGCUGAAAUCUGGAGCUCAAAUGCAAAUCUCGGGUGGUGUCAGCACUACAUGGUACCAUUGAAUGUCCUGGUGCACAUUACCAGAUGUUCCUCAUGCCUAUAAUAGUGCCAGCCAAUGCAGUGGUGUUCUGGUAAAUGCUUUAGUGGGUUUUCUGUACCUUGCACAUGUAGCAGGCAACAUGAAGCAGGUAGUGCUAGUUCUGCCUUUCAUGCAUAUGUGGUGCACUGAAACUGGCUCCGAGGAGUGCCUGUGCCUCACAUGGUGCACAGCACAAGCCAUGCGCUCCACGUUAGUGCUGAUAUUGGACUGCCCUGAACGUGGUAUGCUAUCAAAGCAAUCAGGUUUCCAAUGUGGAUGCCCCAGUAUGUACAGCUUUUGCACCAUUUUAGAAAUUGCUGGCAUACAUUACGGUAUACACCGCUCUGUACGCCAUACCACUGUGCACCAGAUGUUGAAGCAGAGCCUGUAUAUAUGCUUGUGGAGGCUGUUGAAAGAAAUUCGAUGUAAGAGCAGCAUCACUUGUGCACCUUCUUUAAAAAGCUUUCAUUGGCUAUUUCGCCAGUUUUCAUGGUCGGUGGUAGUCGCACUUUCACCAUAGAUACAAGGGGCCUUGUUCUCGCGCAACCGAGUUCCGGGGUAUAACAUAUGUUGCCAAAUGCCAAUAUACCUCUUCGAGAUGCACGCGCUAUCACACUAGAACUUUGGGGCGUCUGAAGGUUUAUACCGAUGCUGUGGUGGAGAGCUUGGGAAGGACAGCCCUCCUCUUCUCCGGCCACCCUAUCCCCCUGCGGUGACUGUGGGAGAGAAGAAUCGCAGUCAGCUUCCACACCAAUGCUCACACUCCAGGAGACAACACACAUAGGACGAAUGGGCUAGUGUAUAUAUCCACCUAUAUUACUGCUACAGAUGUGCUGCAACCAAUAUUCACCCCGAAGCAUGCUAUUCUCUUAAAUUGACAAUCAUCGUCGAUUGUUUCUGUAGUCUUUAGUUGUACAUCUGAAAACCAAGAAAACCUAGCAGUCCAUACAUUCUAGUUGAUGUUACUAACACAUGAGAAAAGUGACUCAUCACAUCAGCGGCAGAGGCUGAGACGUUACUGCUGCCCAAAGCUGGCCAGAGAGCUUUACUCCUCAUGAGGGGCUUCUUGAUCAAAAUUACUUGCAAAAAUACCAAUAUCCAGCUUUUGCCUAGGGUCAUAAGUUUUUUUUGUCUGUAGUGGCUUUGUACGUUGCAACUGUCAAGCUGCGGAAACAAGAGUUUUGUUUCCUUGGGUGCACCAAUUCAUGACAGCCAACAGAUGCUUCGACGACGACGUCACAGAGGGGCAGACCAACCACAUAUACAAUGAAGGUGCCAGUAAGAUGACGUGCAGCAGAGUGGUAUAUAUUUUGAUAAAUUUUAUUGUUCUUGACAGGUCUGACCAUUUAUAGUUCAGUAUAAGAGUUCUGGAGUCUAGAAACUAUAAAAACGUACUUUAAACCCAAGUUCUUAAGAAACUACUUCAGCUUUCCUUUAAUUGACAGCACAACACUAAUUCACUUUUAAAAGGACACUAAAGCGAAACAUAAAUCAGUUUAGACUAAUGAAGCAUUGUUUGAGAACCCUGCAGGCAGUCAUUUCAAAAAUAUAGUUUGAUUAUUAGAUGAGAAAAUGAAGGUCCAAGGAUCAGUAUUUGAAUUUCGCACCGAAACCCCAGCGCCGGUACGUCAGCGCGACGUCAGGGAUUCCAAAGUAUGUUUUCGCAUUUGGGCCGUGUUGGCUGAAUAAAGGUUCCCGAAACUUGCCAUGUUUUAUAUUUGGUUCCUCUAGAACACAAUGUAAUCAAUCUGUACUGCUAUAUAUAAUUAGUAGGCCCUAGAAGAUGCCAUCAAAAUCCAAGACGUCACAGCCACCAAGUACGGGAACUUAAGUAGGCGUCGCCACCCGUAUUUCGUUCUUGCGCUUUUUCUGGCUUACCAAAUGUCUUAUCGUUGUAUAAGAGUGGUGUUUUUGAUGUUGUAGAACGGUAAUUUACUGAUGCAGAAAUCAUUUUUCACUUUAGUGUGCCUUUAAACUACAGUACACUACAUUUAAUUGAAGCGCAACGGGGACAAGGAAAUCGGUUUCAUUUAUUGGUAGUUUCAUUUAAGGGUCGUGACCUCUGAAGAAGCUGUGCAAGAAGGUUUGCUUCAGCUUGGCGUGGUACUGCUUCACUAAGUAGGCAUUCGUCCUGUUUAGGCUGCACACAUACUCCAAGCAGCUCUCUUUCUGGAAGUACUGCUGGAGUACUUCUACUGCCUGGCUUGCCUCUUUAGUCAACAGUGGGAAGCUCUGGUUGUCGUCACAGUCGAUCUCCUCGUCACUCUCAUUACCGGUGGCUUCAUCAACUUCCUUCACUAUGUCAGCUAAAGUGUCCUCACGGCAGGUGACAAUGCCGUCGUCAAUAGCUUUACAAUCAUCCAUUGUCACAGUGCCCGUGCCGCACCUCUGAGCCACCAGACCAAAAACAGCUUGUGUUUCAGCACCAUCGGCGACAUAUUCCUGUUGGUUUGUGGCCAUUUCCUUAGAGAAGCCCGCAUGACAGAAGCAUCUUUGAAUUGUAGUAGCUACAACUUAUGGGAACUCCGGCAUCAGAGCCAGUAGUCGAAGAAGUGUAGGGCAGAGUGACUUGUGAGCACGAGCGGUUGUUCGAGGUUUGGCUGGGUGCUGUUUGGCGUUUCUGGCCAGGACUGGGGCCUGCUGGCGUGGACCGAGGGACUGCACUGUUCCCACAUUGGUGCCUUUAACGUGAGGCCCCGGCUACGUUCCUGAAGGGGCCAUGAUCGAGGGGAAGGCAGGCGGCGCCUCUUCCACGGCCAGUAGCAACACCUGUCUGGCCUGGUGUGUGACCAUCUCCGCGGUGCGAGCUGAAACUCUGGCGUUCACUGAGGAGCGUUUUCGCCAGCUUCUCUGUCACAGUCAUCGGGUCUGGCAUGGGACACUGGGGUGGAGAGGUCUCCUAUGCACUGCUGAAGCUCCCAGUGGCACCAUUGGAGAAGGGACCUGCCGGCACGGUUACUGCAUCAACGUGACAAGUUGUUGAAGCACGGAGACCACGCGGGGCUCCAAACCCGGUGGCGCAGCCACGUUCAACAACUCGGAGAUGUUGGAGAGUGAUGAUGACUGGACCGUUAACAGUACAGGAGCUGCCAAGGCACGCGAAGGCAAGCUGUCGAAGAAAAUGGCUUGGACGAACCACUCGCCGGGUAGUGAAGCCUAGGACAAGAGCGGCGUGUCGUCCUCGUCUGAGCCCGAGGAGGGCGAAGUCUCGAACUCUGGUGGCAGUUCCUCAGCACUGGCCAGUGACAGCGGCAGCGAAGACAACAAUGAUGACGAUUCCGAAGAAGAGUUCAACGGCGGCUACGACGAGAACCUCAAGGGCGCUUGAGGUCAGUUGCCAACGAUAGUGGAAGCGGCACUGUUCAAGUGACGAUCAUCUUCAUCUGCGAUCUUUCCCUCCUGGUAACUGCGUGGUGUGGGGCCGUGUGGUCUCUGUGCGGUGGAACAGCAGCGAGCGGGCGGCUGCUAGUUCCAGUGACCUGCUGCGUGCACUCGUCAGAAUGAGGUUGAGGAGGAAAACCGGACCAGGUGUGCCUCCAAGAAUGGUUUAGGGCCUUCUGGUUCCUGCAAGACCUUGACAACUCGGAGGCUCCACCACCUGGUCUGCCGCAUCUUCGCGAAGCGUCCAUCCUGGAGGCAAGCCAGGUUUAGGGCCUUUGGGUUCCUGGAAGACUUUGGUGACUCGGAUGUUGCCUGCUCCGCCGAUCCUCGUUCAGUGCAGCAGUCUGCAAGGUUUGCCCACUGCCGGGGGUGCGGUGCCGUCGCUGCAAGCCACUAUGGGCCAGUGCCAUCAUCGCCUUCGCAGAGGGAGGGGCAGUAUGGGAACUCCAGUAUCGGAGCCAGCAGUAAAAGAAGUGGAGGACAAAAGUGACUCGUGAGCACAAGCAGUGGUUCAAGGCUCGGCUGGGUGCUCUUGGGUGCGACCGGCCAAGACGGGGGCCUGCUGGCAUAGACUGAGGGACCGUGCUGUUCCCACAAACUUCAUCCCAUGAGUGGGCCAAGAUGUAAAUGGCAGAGAGGAGGUCUGUGGUGUACUGUGGUGUUCAUUCCUGUCCAUACACAGCAGCAUCCUUCUCAGGACGUGGCGACAUUAGAACGCCUUUAAAUUUGGCAUGACACCCUAAUCCAUUGGGUGGAGUAUGGCUGUUGUGUUCGCAGGGAAGAACUCCAACUGAAUAGAAUUCAGGUCUCGCACUUUACCAUGUGCUGAGCAAUUGUCCACAAUAAACAUAAGCUUCCUGCCUUUUCUAGUGAACUUAACGUCCCUCUGCCUCAACUUGGUUUCAGAAAUGGCCUGCUUGGUAUUUGCUUCAUACAAUACCGGCAGUGCUUUGACACCCUUAAAAGCUCGCGGUCUCUGCUUUCCCGAUAACAAGAAGCUUCAACUUUUCAGACCUGUCUAUGUUGGCCCCAACCAGAACAGUGACGCGGUCCUUGUUUUCCUCCUGUGCACUUCUCACCUUUAAAUCUGAGAGAUUUGUUGGGAAGAAGCUUAUAAAAAAGCGACAUUUUGUCCCCGUUGAAGAUGUCGCAGUGCUCGUAAUUUGUGAGGAAGUCUUCGAGCCUCUGCUGCUGGGAGUCAGUGCAAACAUUUCUAUUAUCGUGGCACUUUCACCUACUAUGGUGUGCAAAAUAAGGCUGUGGCGUUUCCUGAAAUGGCUUAACCAGGCGUCUCUGAAUAUGAAGUCAAUUCCCAUCUGGAGUGCAAUGUCUCACCUUCUCCAAAAUGGCCUGGUCACUGGAAGGCCGGAGCUUUGGGCACGCUUGAACCACAGAGUAAGUGUCUUCUCGAGGUCCUAGUGGUCAGCUAGACUCUUCCUAUUGGGGUGAAAGUGCCGCUGUUGUAUGCCAUCUCAAUCUUGUCACGAUCCUUCAGAAUCCUCGAAAGAGUGCACUUUGGGAUGCCAUGCCUUGUCGCGAUAGGUGUUCUUCGACUCUAGGCAUGCUUCACGUCUUCGCAAGCUUUCAUGAUGGUGUUCAAAGACAACACAUUAUGGGGGUGCUCUUUAGCAGUUCCUUCCAUAUUGCAUGCAUGUAGAGCCAUGCACGUAUAAAGCAACUAACCAAGCAUAAAAUGGCAUCCACACAAGAAGGUGAGCAACCUCAUACCGGAUUGGAUUGGAUUCUGGAUAUCGACAUCAGCAAAGCCUGUGCCAAUGUCAGUACGACGUAUGCUAAGUUUUGGUUUCAUUUAAAGGGACACUAAAGGUUGCUAUGAAGUCAAGUUAAAGUGAUAAAGCAAUGCUCUAGAACGUCUAAGACAUCAAUAUAAUCGCGAACAGAGCUUUAGUAACUGAGAAAUUGAAGUAAAUGCAUGACACGAUUUGAGACCCCCCAGCGACAUUCCGGUACUAGCCCGAUGACGAAGGCACUCCUCAUAAAUUAUGCCACCAGUACGCAACUACUCGUAUUAAAAAUCAUUUCAUUAGGUUAUAAGACGGAAGAAAAUGCUACUUGUCUACUUCUCUUCAUUUCUAAGAAAAAAUAACAUUCUGACGUUACCCUUGAGUAGUAUGGGUGGUCGAAAGGUUUCGUUUUCGCUCGACUCUGCGCGCUCGCCUCUGCGCCGCGCAGGCUUUGGAGUUUCAGUUGUUUCGUUAUCGUGUCGUGCUGCGCUGGUUCUGCUGGCUCGUGAAACUCGCAUUUGGAACAAGCAACAAGAAUGCCACGUCCAUGUGAUGUUAUAGGAUGCACGGUCCGCGGAACUUGGCCAAGGGCAGUUGCACCGGCACAUCCAACUUUAUCACUGUGCGCCAACAAGUGAACCUCUCCGUUCGAAGUGGUUAAGUGCCAUACCUCUGCCACAACUCGUUGGCAAAGAGCCGAAAAAUCGCAUAGUGUGCUCGCUGCACUUUCGUCCAGAAGAUUACGAGUUCAACGCCGACUUACUGAAGUCGUGUGGAGUGCCUUUCAAAGCAAUACUUUCCCGUAGCGCUGUUCCGUCGGUCUUGCCUGCAUUCUCCGAAGCACAAGAGCAACUGCAGGUCGAAGACGGGGCGGUGAAUGCGGCAUUUGGUUUUCACGAAGGAAAAGCUACAAAUGUGCGAAUAUGUACAGCCAUGACUACAGUUGCCGUCGUAGUAGUACGCAACGACGCCGGCAGCGCGAGCCCUCAGCAGCAGGUCACGUACAUCAGUGCUUAAAUCGCUGAAUUCGAGCCCAGCAUAGUGAGCCAAUGUGUCAUCAGGGUUGUCCAUUGCAACAAGCGUCAUUGCAACAAGUUGACGUCAUAAAAUAAAGAACCGGCUUAUCGUCGCGUGCUUUCCCUUCCGCUAGCCACCAUAGUCCCGCUUUCGCGCUGCUGUCGGCUCUGUUUCUGGCCACACGUUUGCGUUUUGCGCAGAAAAGCCAUAGCGCUGUCUGCGGGCGCUAUUUUACUCACCGACGGCACAACGUCCCUAUGAGACCCUGACGUCGCCACUCCUCGAUCGGAGGGCGGGCGAUUUGAACUGCGCUAGAGAUACACGGAUGCUUCAGAACGCAUUUUCCCUUAAAAUAAGUCUCUUCUUCACAUGAAACAAGCGUUUCGAGGUUUCUGGGAUGGUAUUUCAGCAGUCUACGUUGACUUAAUAUUAACCUUUAGUGUCCCUUUAACCAUGUGGCUUGCAAAAUGGUAUAACAAUUGUCGAGCACGACUCAGCACCGAUUUUAUAGGAAACCAUUUAUUUGUUUUGAAAUUGUUUCAUUUAAGAGGCGUUUUUGUUUAUGCGAGUUUCAUUUAGCGCGCAUUCACUGUGCCUUUGUUUUGAAAGGAUAAUGCCUUGCAAAUCCUUUCGCAUAAAAUUUUCAGAGCAAUUUCAUAUCAGCAGGCUGACUAAGAGCCAUAAGUUGAUCACUUGUUAUUGCUUCUGUGGCUUCCCCUCUGCUUCUGCGAUUCAUAGCACACUCAAAGCAGCUUUCUUCUGGCAAGGCAUUCUGCUUUUAUUUUGUCUCCUCGUAUGCAUUAUGGCCGAUUUUAGGAGUACAAAUCGCCUGGCAUGCCGGGCUUUUCUAAAAUACCACAUGGCUGCACUUUAGUUGCUUUCUCGUUUGUUUGUUUGCUUGCUUUCGUGAGCUGGCACUGAUUGGUUUUGGCCACAAAAGAAAUCUGGCUCAUCAACUGAUGCAGUGUUGUCUUGCACCGAGCAUGGAAAGGGAACACUAAGUGUUGCAACGUUUCAGAUAAACACAGAGAACGGCAUGUGGUCUUUUGAGCCGACUUGUAGAUUUCCUCCCACCUCUGAGAAGCAGUAUUUUGACUCUGGCAUUUACAAGAGCAUUGACUGACCACUGAACAGGUUCAUUUGCUACAUUUCCCUUUCAGUGAUCGUGAUCCUUUUCAGCUUUUUAUUACUUUCUCACCGAUUGUCCGCUCAAAAGUGUACAGUCCCGUUUUCCUGCAAGUAGUAAAAAUGCUGUGCAUGACCAGCAAGGGUUGCUCUUUAAUGUGCUGAUCUGCGAAAUGAAAGUCUCUCUCGCUUUCAAUUGGACUAGUGUGGGAAUCGUUAAUGCACCAGGGACUGAUCAUGCCUAGAAACCAGUUUUUUCUUCUUUUAGCUCUCUUUGAGUAUACAAAAAGCACUUUAGUGCCUCAGAUAUCUAUGCUGCACAGGUGUGUUUGAUGCUUCCAUAUCUUAGAGGCAUCAAAGAGUUAAUGGCAGGAAUGUGUCAACGUAUUUGUUUAGCAGCCUCUAUAUCAUAUGGUGGUGUACGGGCAGUUGCUUGUUGCCCCAUAGUUGGCAGUAAUACUUCUAGAACUUAUGUCCUUGCCCAAAAGAAACUUGAGCAGGACUUUUAUGACAAAAAGAAAACCUCUAAAGUACCACUCUCAUAUCGCUGAAAGUGAUUGUUUCAGAGUACGGCCUGUGUUGCAUGACUUUUUAGCUUCUGUUUAAGGAAAGCAAACAACACCUGUUCAAAGAUGUUCUGCAUCUCAUGGGAGGUUUUAUGAAGUGAGUAUUUAUUAAAUAUUUCACAUUGUUUGAUUUUUGUGAAACUAUAUUUAAAGCUGUACAAUGACGAGAAGUAAGGCACCACUUGGGCAAUGAGGUUGGCAACCAGCAAUGUUCACAAUAAACUAUCUGUUUUCAAGGCCAUCUUUCUCUGCCUUUAUGCCACCUUUGGGACAAGCAGAGUUGUGCUGCACAUGUGUAUUUCAAGGUUGCAUGAAAUAAGAUCUGAACAAGUUCACUUCGCGAAAUAAAUGGUUCGUGAGCUCUUUGAGACCAAGAGUGCCGAGAAUAAUUUCUUGACAACAUAUUUUAUUUAUUUGAAAAUACUCGCAGAGCACCGCGUUUAUAUGUGACAGUGUUGUGCUGUGUUUAACUUAUGGUGUGAAGACUGCAUUGGGAGUACAUUGGCAGAAGUGCCAGUAUUCUGUACUAGAUAUUCAGUAAAGAACUGCUAGCAGCCAGAACAUUCUUGUCUUGUAGAUGGUGCAAUUUGGGUUUACCUUGAGUAGCACAUAAUGCAGCAUUAGUCUUCUGAAUCUGCUUUUUACAGCACCCUUAUUUACUGGCACGACAUAAAUUAACAUAAUUUCUGGCUGAGGUAUAAUCAUUGUGGAGUUGGAUGCACUUGUGAGGUACCAGAAUGGAGCAAAACUUUUGUUUGUGGAUGUGUAUGUGCUUGAGCGAGUGAGAGUGAGUGACUGAAUUUAUAGAUAUUUUUUUAUGAGAGAGAGAGCCUGAGGGAAGAGCCGUUUUUUUUAAGAUGAGGCAUUUUUAUGAGACGGUUUGACGUGUAUCUUUAGACGUGUUUGUUCAAAAAGUAUGGGGUUGGCUCUUGAAGUAUAUUUUAAUUAUUUGCAGUAACAUCCCCCAAAAAUGAUUUGUGUAUUCUGAAACUCUGGAACAAGUUAUUGAUAGGAAGACUGCUUGCUGCUUGUUGGCAAACCAGUCUAGCCCGAAUUUUGAUAUGAUGUUGGCCUGCUGAGCACGAGGUCGCGGGAUCGAAUCCCGGCCAUGGCGGCCGCAUUUCGAUGUGGGCGAAAUGCGAAAACACCAGUGUACUUAGAUUUAGGUGCACGUUAAAGAACCCCAGAUGGUCGAAAUUUCCGGAGUACUCCACUACGGCGUGCCUCAUAAUCAGAAAGUGGUUUUGGCACGUAAAACUCCACAAUUUAAUUAUUUUUUUUAAUUUUAAUUUUCAAAAAUAUUUUAUUCAUGUGGAUGUGCUCAUCACAGGUUUCCUCGGAUUUUCUGCCAUGUGUGCUUAAUAAAGGUGAAUGUUUAAGCAGAAAAAGUGAUUUAGAUGCCGCAAUUUGAGACUGAUAACUGUUCCUGAGGCUUGUGGAAUGUAGGUGCCGUAGGUUUCCAUGAAUGUUGAUCUAUACUUGUUUUAUGAAAUGCAAUAAAGCUGGAAGAGGACUAAUUUGAUGCUGUGAAUAGUGGUGCAAAUUGUAUAAAGGAGCCAUAAUAACCAGCACUACCAUGUAACGGGUAAUACCAGGGAGUGCCACACUGACCUUUGAUGAUUUGAGCUUUGUCAAUCACUACACCGUAUGUUACCAAAGUUGAGUGUAAUAUAAGCAGUAAAUUUCUUUUGUAAUAUCAGAAGUGGAUGUUUUUCUGCACCUUGCUUUUAAGAAAUUGGUGCAUCUCAUUGUGUUCCCCUAGAAAUGUUGAGACUGCUACUUAGGGGUGAGAAAAAAAAGGCAUCAUGUACAGAGAAAAACAGUUCAAUGUGAUCAUUCUCUUGGUGACUCUUAGUGCAGAAUUUGUGUCAAUACAUUUUUGUCGACCAUGGUUAUAAUAAACACAUGUGCUUGGA